AUGUGGCCAGGCAGCCGCCGCUUGACGCCUUUGAUCAGAAAGAUACCUAUUUGCAUCUGCUUUGUGCAGCGCUCGACGGAGUUUCCAAGUUGGGCGAGCACAUUCUUCCACCAGCUUACAUCUAUAGCCAUCAAUAUGAAGUGGCGCGUCUUGCGCGAUUUGCUUGCGUCACAGCACAAGAGAUUUUGUAUAUCUUGUCGCAGUAGUCAUGGCCGUGGCUGUCGCAAGGAGAACCGCAACAAAGUAUACGGCAAAAUUCCUUGGUCAGGUAAAGAGCAACGCCGGCAUGCACUGAAUGCGCGAAUUCGAAAGUCGCCCGAAAGUCCGCUCGUCGGAGUGAGUGGCAUUGCCUGA